AGUUUUUUUUCCCUAAAGCUUUCGGCAAAUGCGGAAAUACGUUUUAACUAACAUUUUACUAUUUUAUUAUUUCCUGUUUUUUUCAUGUUCAUUACUAAACCUGCACUGCAAGGCAAUGAUACGAAUAGCAUUUGAUCGUUUUGCUAAAUCCUAGCAAAAUAUGUCGUACAAACCUAUUUCCACUAGUGCGUGUAAUGUUACAGCCCAGCCUGAAAUGGAGGUUGUUUCCUCAUAGAAACACUGAACUGGCGGCGUGGGUUUGGCCCGACCCUGCUGAGCAGCUAUGGGCUACAAUGCAGGUGAGAGCUGACGUCAAGCUACACCAGCUACAAUGACACUGCACUGAAAUAUGUGAAGAUGGCAGUGUUUUCUUUUGUCUAUGAGCUUUAGAAUUUAAAAUUAGAAGCGUCUUUCUCUUCAAAGCGCGGCUGUAGUCAAUGGAGCGACGUGAAACACGGUAUGGAGACUCGUUGUAAAGAUGAUGCUUGAAAAGAAGAAACGUUUUGGCAGAUCCAAUUAAAUCGCCUACCACCUACAGUAGGGCGGCCGAGGAGGUAUACCGCAGAAGAGCUUCUACAAAGCCUCAAUAGAAACCUAGAAUGGCAAGUGAUGACAGAGUGGCAAUUUUGACGGAGGAUGAAGAAGAACAGAAGAGGAAAUAUGUUCUGGCUGAACCAUUCAAUACCUUGUCUUUUGAUCAGGUGUCUGGAUCUCCUGUAGUCUCACCACCUUCAGAACCACCUUCAUCUGCUGAGGAGGAUGAAAUAGAUUGUUUAGAGAAGAGCUGCAUAAAAAUUGAUAAUCAUCUCCUUAUUUCAAAAGUCUUUUACUUCUUUUUUUAUGCAGCUUAUGGAUCUUUACAUCCUUUGCUACCAGUAUAUUACAAGCAGCUGGGAAUGACACCAAGCCAGAGUGGUCUGCUCGUAGGGAUCAGAUAUUUCAUAGAAUUUUGCAGUGCUCCCUUCUGGGGAGUGGUAGCUGACCGUUUCAAGAAAGGAAAAAUUGUUCUCCUUUUCUCAGUUUUGUGUUGGAUUCUGUUUAACUGUGGAAUAGGUUUUGUGAAGCCUGCUUCAAUGACUUGCACUCCAACUACAGUUCCAACCAAUGCCACUGUUAUGUCAACCUCUACCCUCCCUGUUACUUCAGCUUUAACGACUGCACCAAGACAGAAUAUAACCAAGAGCCGCCAGAAAAGGGACUUGUAUGGUGAACAUUUCCCCCUACCUUCUUUUCAGUUGGAACCAAUUUUAAUCUCCCGGCAAAUCAGGAACAUAAAAGCAAACAUGUCCAGGGAAAACGAAACCUACCCACAGUCAAGUCCUGCCAGUUCUACUACCAGAACCACAACUCAAAGCACAAUAAAAACCACACAUGGAAACAGAAUUGAUUAUAACAAGGACCAAGUAGAGACUAUUUUUCUCUUGAUUCUUUUAGUAGUAAUAAUUGGUGAGUUCUUUAGUGCCCCUGCUGUUACCAUUGUGGACACUGUUACCUUGCAGUAUUUAGGCAAGCACAGAGACCGCUAUGGACUACAAAGGAUGUGGGGCUCUCUAGGCUGGGGACUGGCCAUGCUUUCAGUUGGCAUUGGGAUCGACCACACACAUAUCAAGAUGUUCAUUGAAGGCACGGGCUGCAUUCAGCCUGAUUAUAAAAACUACCAGAUUGCUUUCAUUGUAUUUGGAGUCCUAAUGACGAUUGCACUGAUAGUGACCACACAGUUCUACUUUGACAAUAGCCAUUAUAAACAAGAGAAAGAAGAGGAAAUUGAAAUCCCACAGGUUGCCCACAAUGUUACUGCUGCAGGCAGCUCUGAAGACACCAGUUCUACCACUGUUUCUACCAGCACAAACCGUGGCCAGUUCCAUUACAGAGAUUUGAUUGUACUUAUGUGCAGUGUGCGUUAUGCCACAGUCCUCUUUGUUGCCUGGUUUAUGGGUUUUGGCUAUGGCUUUGUGUUCACAUUUCUCUACUGGCACUUGGAGGACCUGAAGGGGACAACAACACUUUUUGGUAUUUGUUCUGUGCUGAGCCAUAUAUCUGAGCUGGCAGCCUACUUCACCAGCCACAAGCUCAUUGAGUUAGUUGGACAUGUCAGAGUAUUGUAUAUUGGUUUGGCCUGCAACACCGCUCGUUAUCUCUACAUCUCCUAUCUAGAAAAUGCUUGGAUUGUUCUACCCAUGGAAGUGCUUCAAGGUGUGACUCAUGCCUCAGUGUGGGCAGCCUGUAUUUCCUACCUGAGUGCAGCUGUGCCUCCUGCUCUAAGAACCUCUGCUCAGGGAAUCCUGCAGGGCCUUCAUCUGGGUUUGGGGAGAGGCUGUGGGGCCAUGGUUGGAGGAGUCUUUGUCAAUUUCUUUGGUGCGGCUGAGACAUUCAGAGGAAUAGGAAUGGCAUCUCUCAUGAUUCUUUUGAUAUUCUCACUUAUUCAGUGGUUAUUAGUAAAAAAUGAAGAAAAGGAGGAUAAGAUGUUGGCUGAAAACAUCCCUGUUCCAUCCAGUCCAGUACCCAUAGCUACCAUUGACCUCGUGGAGCACCACUCUGAAGCUACAGCACCUCGUGUGGAGCCUAAAAUUCCUCUAAAAAAGACAAAACACCAGGAGGAGCAAGAGGAUGUCAAUAAGCCUGCCUGGGUCAUUUCCUCUUCUCCAUGGGUUACAAUAGCAUUUGCCAUCUACCAGAUCAAAGAAAUCGUGAAGAUGGCAAAGAAAAACUCCAUCACAGAGAGUCAGCCUCUUCAGGAGACAAAUGAAUCUACGUCACACCCCCCUCAAGCUACACCAAUUUUCAAUACGCAUACCACAGACCAGAAGUUUGUGCCCAAGGAUCCAGCAAAUCCAGAAACCUCAUGUAGUUCAGUUAGCAGUAACCCUGCUGAAGACACCAUCUCUCCUGCACUUGACAUCCAGGCCUUUUCUCCCCAACAGCCAGCAGAGACUGUAGAGAACCCAUCUCCUUUGCCAGGCAACUUCAAUGCUACCCAGUCCUUAGUUUCACCUGGUCCGUCCACAAGCUAUGAUGGAAAACAGUAGGAUGAACUUGCACUUCGAAUGAAUGUACUUGUUGUAAUUAAAGCAAAUGUUUUUGAGUUUGUGUGUAUUCAGGUUUAAGAAGAAAAAUUAUUGUAACCAAAAACAAAGAUGAAAUAUUCUGUUUUUUUCAGUAGAAGAAAUGUGUGUGGCACUGCCAUUGAAUUGUUGCCUUUUGAGAUUUGGUUGCACUUCCAGUUCUUGCAUUGCUUAUUAUAAAUUGGAACCUUAUUGUAUGUAUAUGCAGCUAGACUCCUUGUUACAAUGCUAUGUUACAUGAAUUACAGACUGAAACUGGAGAUGUGUACUUACUGACUGUAAACAAUUUUUGAAAUAUUCCGUUUUAAUAUAUUCUUAACAUUAAGAAUUAAACUGCAAAAGUGCCUAAAAUCUAAAGAUUUAUGAGUCUUAACGUAAAGUUGUCUUUCACAGGCACCUUACUGCACCUCUUAUAGGCAUAGAUUCUGUUAAGCUUUACAAGUGUAAGCUAUUAAUAUUUUAAGUUGUCCAAAAAGCUAUUUCAAAUGCACCUGGGAGCAUUAAAAGGUUAACUUACUGACAUUUGGCAAGGACAAAAGUUGUUUUAAUUGCACACAUAUAUCUGAACCAUUGAAGUAAUCUUUGCAUUGUUUUAACUGUGUGUGCCUUGAAUCUUUUGCUUCCUAGAUAUUAAUCACUUUUUGGUAAUCUUUUGAAUCUCCAGAAAAGCUGUUUACAUGCACAAAAAGACGUUUUGAUGAAUCUUUAGGUAAACAGACUGAAAGCUAUGUUGAUCAUGUGUAUUUUACUUUAAAUAAUCAUAUCUUCAAUAAUUUGUAAAACCCAUACAUACAAAAAAAUCUCAAUAUUCUUAUUUUGUAUAUAGUGCAAAAAUGCAACAACUGCUUUAAAAAGUGAAAAAACAUUUAAUGAUUUCUUAUUUUACUAACCAUGAUUAAUCAUUAGGUCUUAAUAAAAAUGUUUAUUUUUGAGUAUCCAAAUGGUUCACCCAGGAAAAAGAUACCUAGGCUCUAGUCAUUUAAAGAAUCCCUGCAAUUUUCCAGGUAUUUAGAAGCUUCUUUACUGUUGGUAAGGGAUACCUCUCCUCUAAUUGGCACUUAACUUUCUGCAUGGGGCUCUGUUGUCUGUAACAUUUUAAAUAUGAGUGGUUUAAAGAUGGGCAGAUUAGAGAAAUAUGCCUGCACUCUGUCAUUUUUCCACAAAAGUGGCAUUAAAAGUGUUUGUGGAAAAGUGAUAAACACACAAUGGCCUAUUCCAUAUUGUGUUUGAAAACUAACUUGGAAAACAAUACUGGUAUUUUCGCCUGUGAUACAAAGCUCUGUCCUUUUGACAUUAAAACAAACCUUCUCACAAUGUGUAUUUUGUAAACAUGUUAGAUAUGUUAAUGUUUGAGAAACAGGGAGCUACAUGGAAUGCCGGAAUUGCACAUUAAACUUAAUUUCUUCAAGUUAA